AUGACGGAUCUGCGUGAAUUUCCAAGCUUCGAACUACGGCUCUUGACACAUCUUGAUGCUUGCUAUGCACAAGCCCCUCUGAUGGAUCCAGCUGAUCUUCUCAAUCUUGGCGACUCCAAUCGCGCGCUUGACAGGAUUGCAAGUGUGGGGAAUGAAAAACCGGUACUGCCUGUAUCCAGCAUUUUCAGAGUUGAUCUCGAGACCGUAGAGACAAAUCCUGUCUUGAAAGCAGCCACAUCAACCGCAACUACAAGUCGCACACAUUAUGUCGAGCAGUGGUGCCAUGGCUCCGAUCCCCAAUGGAUGGGCUACAGUUCCACGGGCCGCUCGAAAGCACUCGAGGAGACCAAGAAGGAGGGACACGCUCAGUUGGACCUCGAUAGCGUGGAGGUGCCAGGCGAUAAUGAAGUAGCCAGGAAGAUCUUUGACUACGCGAAAGCUACCUUGCCUCAGCGGACAUUCAAUCGCAGCAUGCACGUCUGCAACUAUGCUAUGCAAUCGUACAAAAGCACCUCCCGACUUACCACUCUGCUUGCCACCCAUUUUCUGACACGCCACUCUCACGAUAUCGGCACAAUCCCGGAACACAUGACUGCCAUUAUCCGUGUUGCUGAGCUGGGCGAGGUCGGCAUGGUUACGAGCUCGAUAGCUUCAGCUGACGACUUCUUUCGUAUAAUCCGGGACGCAGCAUCGUUCGCAUGA